AUGGAUAAUAAAACAUUAAGUUUAUUAAGACCAAUAGAGAAACGUUUUCAUGAAUUGGAAUUUGAAUAUUUACAAAACGCAGCAGCUACAUAUAUACAAGCAGUGUGGCGUGGAUCUCUACAACGUAGGAAAUAUUCUAUAGUAAAGAAGAACAAAUUUGAAGAAUUUGCAAUCAUAUUAAUACAAUCAUCAGUUAGACGUAUAUUGUCAUGUUAUUCAUUAUUGGAUACAAGAAAUGUAAAAUAUACCAGCUGUGUGAUGAUACAAUCGUAUUUCCGUGGAUACCUGGUCCGGAAAAAAUAUGAGAAGUUAUUAUCAUUGAAGCUUAUAUUAUUACCAAUUCUACUCAAAGGUAGUAAAAUCAUUGGAAUGAGUGAACAAAUAAACUUUAUAAAGUUGUAUAAGGAUCAGAAUUCAGUAUCAUUGCAGAUGAAAAGGUUAAUAUCAGUACAGACGAAUUUACCACCAGGGUUCAUAAAAGUACAAAAUCUAGCCCGAAUGCAUUUUAUAAGAAAACAGUUUAUAAACUUAAAAAACACAUUGGAAAAGGUGUAUGCAGUAGCAAUGACGAAAUGUGCAAGAAUGGAGUAUUUGGAAAAGGUUCGAUCAGCAGUUAAAAUCCAACGUUGGUGGCGUUUAUUACCAAAAGAUUCUAUACCAGCACUAGGUUCUGGUGCACUAUAUUAUAUAAACAAGAAAGAAAAGAAUACAGUAACAUUAUUAAGUAAUGAAUUGAAAGAGUUUGGGAUUACAAUUUAUAGUUAUGUUUGUUCAGAUUUAAGGAGAAUAUAUUUAAAUACUUGGGCUAUGGUACCAUUAACAUUAAUUAAAACUAUACGACUCAUGCAAAAAUCAUCAACUGACUUAAAUUUUACACAAAUGAGAUCUAUAGAUACUAUUAAAUUUGCUAUAGGUUCAACACAUUCAUUAAUAUUAAUACAAACCAAUCAGGGAUCUUGUGUAUAUAGUUGGGGUUGGAAUGAUAAAGGACAACUUGGAAGAAAAUCAUUAUAUCCAUUAAAAUCAUCUGAUAAUGAUUUCUUAAUUACUAAUCCACUUGAAUUUCAAUCUACCCAUAACAAUACUAAUACCCAUAACAAUACUAAUACCCAUAGCAAUAUUAAUCCCAAUAGUACUAAUUCCAUUUCAUCCGUAUUGGAUAUGGAAUUAUAUAGAAUAUAUAAUGGAUUGGAAGAAAAUGUAUAUAUAGUUGAUGUGGUAUGUGGAAAUGAUUAUUCAUUAGCAUUGAGUGAUGUUGGAAUAGUGUACAGUUGGGGUGAUAAUACAUAUGGUCAAUGUGGUCAAGGUCCAAGAUAUCUUAAAAUAUAUCAACCUACAGCAAUAGAAUUGAAUGGUGUCACAUCAAUUUGUUCUGCAAGUUAUCAUAGUGUUGUAUUUAGUAAUUUUGAAUUCUAUACCUUUGGGAAAACUUUUGGAUAUAACAUUUUUAGACCUGUACCAAUCAGUAAAUUAGUACCAAGUCUAGUUAACCAAACUCUUAAAGUUGUUAAAUGUGCUGGUACAGUCACAUUAUUCUAUACCAAUGAACUUGAUUAUAUACUCAAUGUAUACAAUACAAAUUUUUCAAUAUAUUCUUUCAAAACAUAUAAAUUGGAUAGUACAGAGGAUUUGGGGAAUAGAGUUGGGGAUAGAGUUGGGAAUACGCGGGAUAGAGUUGGUAAAACAUUUGGUAACAAAUUUGAUACAAUUGUGAACACACUGGAUACAUCUGAUAGCACAUUGAAUACACUGAAUACAGUUAAUAAAUGGGAUAGAAUAAGAAUGUAUAGUUUUAUGGGUAGUAUAAAAGAAGUGAGUACAAAUGGUAAGAUAAUAUGUGGAAUAAUUGAAAAUGGAACGGAAUCAAGUUAUGAAGUUAAAGUAUAUAUCAUGGGAUAUAUAAAGUGUGUACCAAUGGAGAAGAAAGUGGGAACAAAAAACUUAUUUGUAGGAGCCUUUAGAGAAAAAUUCGAAAAUAAAACCAAGCCAAUUUCAUUAUUAAAUGUACAGACAGAUCAUGGAAUGAAUUGUUAUAUACCAUCACCAGCUGAAGUUAUAUUACACAGAAUACCAAACCAAGUAUUGUGUGAUGGAGAACAGGUAGUUUUUGUGACAAAUAACGCAAUUUACGGUGCUAAACUUUUCCAAAUACAUGUACAAAAUCAAGAUGACUAUGAAGUUAAAGAUAACUCGACAGUUGAAAUUAGACCUGGAGCUAACAUAAGACUUGAUCCGGUAAUAUACCAGUUCAUGGAACCAUUUAAUAAAAAAAAUAAACUACACACCUCAUUCAACUCAUUGUCACACUCCAUCCUAUACUCUGACUAA